AUGCAAUCACCUCAACCUAUUAAUACAGAUUUCCAUAUCGUUAGAAUUUCUGGAAAAUUAAUGUACAUUCCACACAAUAAUGUCAUUGCUUCAUUACAAAAUAUUUUAAUGCAAAAUUCACAAUCAAAAACACCUUCUCAGUAUAGUAUGAAGUCAGCUCAAAUUCAAACUCUUUUUGAUUCUUUUUAUGCAUCUACUCUUCAGUCAUACUCACCAGCAAUGCAAAUUUAUUUUUCUUAUCGUUUUUUGGCGUUGCACUCUCCUGAAGAGAAAAGGGUUGGAAUUUUGACUUUAUCAAAAAAUAUUUCAUCAUUAAAUGAGGGUCAUCUUAGUGAUUUAGAACGAAUAUUUGAUAAUGACAUUAAUGACUGGAUGAUUUGUGAUGCAUUAGCAAAUAAAGUAGUUACUCAAUUUCUUCGGUCACAUGAGGAUUAUUUUCAGAGAAUAUAUAAAUGGAAAGACUGUGGAAAAAUAUGGAGAAUGAGAGCAUGUUGUGUUAUCUAUGUAAACUUUGCAAAUAAAAAAGAAAGUACAUGUCUUGAAAUAUGCUCAACUUGUGUAAAAAGUAGUGAACGAUUUGUACAAUUAGGAGUUGGUUGUUUAUUAAGAGAAAUGUCAUUAAAUUCUACAGAUAAAGUUGUAAAUUUUAUUUAUGAUAAUUAUAGAUAUUUUACAAGAGAAGGUUUAAGAUAUUCAAUUGAUAAAUUAGAUGUGACUACAAGAAAAAAAAUCCUUGGUAUUGGAAAAGGAAGAAAUCCUGUUAAAUCACCAGCUCCGUCUCAGUCAACUUCUCCUAAUAUCCCUACCUCUUCAACACCUGUUGUUUCUGUAAAUACCACGGCCCAACUCCAAACUGUAGAUGACCAAUUACGUGCUCAAAUAUUAUCAAUGGACUUCUUACAUUCUGCUAUUCAACCAAACAUUACGGCUACUAUACCGGUUGUAUUACCAAAUGGCCAAGUUAAUUACGUCCACCAAAGUGCUAAUGUAAUGGUUCCUCCUAAUUAUUCCCAAUAUUAUAACCUUCAAGGAUUUACUCAAAAUAAUUAUUCUCCUCAAUAA